AUGUCUGCAGUCUCUAUGUUACAGGGAGAAAUGCUUGCUCGUGGAGGCGCCGUCAUUGCCCGCGGAGCGUCUCUUGCCACUGCCCGCAAUUUUUCGCGCACCACUGUUCCAAUGGCUAAGAUUCGUAAGGAACGAGAUACUUUCGGAGAGCUCGAGGUUCCAGCCGACAAAUACUAUGGAGCCCAGACCGCCCGUUCCCAGAUGAACUUCAAGAUUGGAGGACCAGAAGAGCGUAUGCCAAUCCCAGUUAUCCACGCUUUCGGAAUCUUGAAGAAGGCCGCCGCCCUUGUCAACACCGAGUUCGGAUUAGACAAAAAACUGGCUGACGCGAUUUCCCAAGCUGCUGAUGAGGUUGUUGACGGCAAGCUCGACGAGCACUUCCCACUUGUUACAUGGCAGACUGGUUCAGGAACUCAGUCCAACAUGAAUGUCAAUGAGGUUAUCUCGAAUCGUGCUAUCGAGAUCCUCGGAGGAGAGCUCGGAUCGAAGAAGCCAGUUCAUCCAAAUGAUCAUGUGAAUAUGUCCCAAUCAUCAAAUGACACAUUCCCAACUGCUAUGCACAUUGCCGUCGGACGUGAAGUCAACUCUCGUCUUCUUCCAGCUCUCAAGAAGCUUCGCACUGCCCUUCACAACAAGGCUGAAGAGUUCAAAGAUAUCAUCAAGAUUGGACGUACUCACACCCAAGAUGCUGUUCCACUCACUCUUGGACAAGAGUUCUCAGCUUACGUCACACAGCUUGAUAACUCUAUUGCUCGUGUUGAAUCGACUCUUCCACGACUUUAUCAAUUGGCUGCCGGUGGAACCGCUGUUGGAACUGGACUCAACACGCGCAAGGGAUUCGCUGAGAAGGUUGCCGCCACUGUUUCUGAACUUACCGGAUUGCCAUUCGUUACCGCUCCAAACAAAUUUGAAGCCCUCGCCGCCCAUGAUGCUCUCGUUGAGGUUCACGGAGCCCUGAACACAGUCGCAGUUUCCUUCAUGAAGAUUGGAAACGAUAUCAGAUUUUUGGGAUCUGGACCAAGAUGCGGACUCGGAGAGUUAUCACUCCCAGAAAACGAACCAGGAAGCUCCAUCAUGCCAGGAAAGGUCAACCCAACUCAAUGUGAAGCCAUCACAAUGGUUGCCGCUCAAGUUAUGGGAAAUCAAGUUGCAGUCAGUGUAGGAGGAUCUAAUGGACAUUUCGAGUUGAAUGUUUUCAAGCCACUUAUCGUUCGUAAUGUUCUUCAAUCAACACGUCUUCUUGCUGACAGCGCUGUGAGCUUCACUGAUCAUUGUGUCGACGGAAUCGUUGCUAACAAAGACAAUAUUGCCAAGAUUAUGCGUGAAUCACUUAUGCUUGUCACUGCUCUCAACCCACACAUUGGCUACGACAACGCCGCCAAGAUUGCUAAGACUGCUCACAAGAACGGCACCACCCUUGUCCAGGAAGCCGUGAAGCUGGGAAUCCUUACCGAGGAGCAGUUCGCUCAAUGGGUCAAGCCAGAAAACAUGCUCGGACCUAAGUAAAGUGUUGAAGCAUCAAUAUUUAGUAGGCACAUCUUCGUUUAGUCAAUCAAUGUCCCCAAAUGUUCAGAAUCUCUUUGCCCAUCCCACACCCAACCCGAUUGAUUCGUUUGUAAUUAUUUUGUUUUAUUCAGUGUUUUUCCAUAGAUAAAACCGGAACAUUUUCUAAAUUUAAA